UCAUAUAUAUGGUUGUCUAUUUGGGGAAAUCCAUUUUUAAACAAUUGUAUGCUGAAUAUGGAAGCUAUAGUUUCUCUUGAUUCAAAUGUAUUACAUUUGUCAUGGUGCAUGGACUGUUUGCAACAGAACAUAGGAAUUUAUGACCAAGUCCAAAAACAAAUGCAAGCUGGGAAAGCUCAGACAAACCUAAUACAGCAGUGCAGACAGUUGCAUAUCACUCAAACAAAUGAGUUAAAGUAAUAAAUAUGAGUCAAAUAAAGUAAAACCAGAGAACAUGUAUGCAUAGCUAAGGUCGAAAUAUCGGAGUCAUUUUACUGUUUUGAAAAUUAAGCUGGAGAACAUUUGGCGCCAAUCGAACUUCCUUAUUUUGAAAAUAGUUUGUAACAUAUACCAUUUUGGAUCAACGUAUGCGUAUGAACAAGUGCCUAAAACUAAAUCAAAGACAGAUUAUUGUGCCUCAAUUUCUUCAGUGGGAGGAGCCGAAGUCGCCCAUUAUUAAACGGAAAUGACGAAUGACGCUUAAAACGACACGUUAGCGCGCGUUCGUGAUCCACAGACCGUUUCCCCUCCAACUAGAGAAGAGAGAACUCUUGUCGCAUUUUGAGAAGCGAGCUCUUUUUUUUAAACAUUUUUUUUAAAUCCAAGCCUGCAUUUUUAGACUGCAGGACCGAAGGAGAAGGUCUCAGGAAUUAAUUUUGUAUUACUACUACAUACAAACAGACUCGGCAAUGUUUGAGGCUCGCUUGGUACAGGGAUCCAUCCUGAAGAAGGUUUUGGAGGCUCUGAAGGACCUGAUCACGGAGGCCUGUUGGGACGUGAGCUCGUCGGGUAUCUCUCUUCAGAGUAUGGACUCGUCCCACGUCUCCCUAGUUCAGCUCACUCUCCGCAGCGACGGAUUCGACUCCUACCGUUGUGACCGCAACCUCGCAAUGGGAGUCAAUCUUAGCAGUAUGUCAAAGAUCCUGAAGUGUGCUGGGAAUGAGGAUAUCAUCACUCUCAGAGCAGAGGACAACGCAGACACACUCGCCCUAGUCUUCGAGACACUCAACCAGGAGAAGGUGUCGGACUAUGAGAUGAAGUUGAUGGAUCUCGAUGUAGAACAGUUGGGAAUCCCAGAGCAGGAGUACAGCUGUGUGGUCAAGAUGCCAUCGGGGGAGUUUGCCCGUAUCUGCCGUGACCUGUCUCAGAUUGGUGACGCCGUCAUGAUCUCUUGCGCCAAGGAUGGCGUUAAGUUCUCGGCCACGGGAGAGCUGGGCACUGGCAACGUCAAGCUGUCCCAAACCAGCAACGUGGACAAGGAGGAGGAAGCGGUGAGUAUUGAGAUGAACGAGCCAGUCCAGCUGAUCUUUGCUCUCAACUACCUCAACUUCUUCACCAAGGCCACACCCCUCUCCAAGACAGUCAUCCUCAGCAUGUCUGCAGACAUCCCCCUAGUGGUCGAGUACAAGAUAGCUGACAUGGGCCAUGUCAAGUACUACCUGGCGCCCAAGAUUGACGAGGAGGCUUCCUAAACCUCCCUGGUCCAAACUUCCAAUGGGGGGGGGGAUCUUGUUGGUGGGUGGGAAAGGGAUGGCUGGCUGACUUUGUCUGCAUCAUGGCAUCGCUAUGGUGUUUUAGUUUUAUCUGGAUAUGUUUGUUUAUCAGCAGUUUGACUGAACCAGUCUGAUUUUUAUAUAUAUAUAUAUAUUA